UUUUUUUUUUAAUUUUUGUAAAGAAUUUUGUAUCAAAUCAAUUUGAAAGAAAUUUUCUGAUUAUCUUAAAAUGGAAUAUCAGACUCACUUAUGCGAUUCAUGUUCCACGAAGAAUCAAUGAGAUAAAAUAGCAUUCCUAGACAAUUUAGCCAAUUGCCGUCAGAACCGUUCAAUCCAAUAGAGAGAUUAAUGCGAAAGAAAUUGACUGAUUAAUGCAAGAAGAAUCGUCGGCGCCCGCUAUGCGAUAGCAAGUGAUAAAAACGUAGGAAUGAAUCCGCGGGAUUGCUGAAGAUCGUUGCGAGCGGGGCGCGAGGUGACACGAGGAAGAUGGAUGGCUACCCGGUGCUCCAAAUAGUGCGUUGUCGCCUCGAGACGGAAAUGGAGAUGGACAGCCAGGGCUAUCCGUUUCCGAUGGCGGCGCACUCGCACUCACACUUGCCGCAUCCGGCGAAUCACGCGCAUUUCCCGAGGCCGCAUUAUCCGCAUCCUUGUGACAAACACCAGAUCGUAAAUUCUCCAGAACGACUAUUGUUGGAACCAGUCCAUAUUACGAGGCCGAAUAUUACCACGGGGUAUCGACUUUUCUUAGGAGAAAUCCAAGCACGGUUGGAGAUGAGCUGUAUCGGAUCGUCGGUUAGCGGAAUGAUUGUCCUCACGUGAGAACCAACAGCGGUAGUCCUAAUCUGGCCACAAUGAGAAACGUGCCGUGAGCGAAAUUCCUCGAACAUAGCGAUUGUCCGCAAACUCACGUUAUUCACAUCUCGAUAAUCAUCGGCGGGAUUAAAAUUAUUAGCAGCCUUGACAUCACUGAUUUUACAGUUCGCGUAAUCAACUGCAGAAUUUAAUGCAUCAGCGAUUUGAGUCAUUUUUAUUUGAAAAAAAAACAUGGAAGAUGUUUUCAACUUAGUUUAUGAAGGUUUUAAAAAUGCUCUGAUUUAUUAAACUCAAAAAAAAAGAAUAACGAGCAUCAAAUUUACGAGUGAAUUUACUGAAUAAUUUAAAUCAAUUUUAACUUGACGUAAUCUUUUUGUCCGUUAUCAAGAUAUUAGUAUUGUGAUCACGUGCAGAAUAUGUCAAUCGAAUUGAUUAGAAUUUCAAGAGUGGA